UACCGAUAUCCAGUUACUCGGCUUGACUAACAACUUUCACCGUCAUACGCAUUCAGUUCCAAUUCAGUUCCAUUACGAUUUUGCUGUAGCUGUGGACAUGGAAAAUAUAAAUACGUAAAAAACGGAUUAUCCUCAAAUGAUUUCUGAUGUAUGGAAAUACUUAAGUUAACUUUUGUUGGAUUCGACUGCUACUGAUGAUUUGUCACAAUUGAACCGAAGCAACCAAGACACGGAAUCCCUGACUAGCAGAAAAGUGAUGACUUGUCGAAAUUGAACCAAGGCAACUAAGACACAGAAUCCCUGACUAGCAGAAAAGGUCUGAAAAUUUUCUUAUUGUGCAGCCUGGACUUACAAAAAGAACAUACAAGAUGAAUUUGAGCUGUUCGCUACCGAAGAUCAGCGUUAGUCAUUUGACAUACUUGAAGCAGAUUAAUUUGAAAAACUAUUAUACAAGUGAUCCUGAAAGUGUAAUUGUUAAUUGCAAAAUCUGUAAAUUCAAUAUGCCAACCAAUCAUGUUUUCGAACAUACGGUCAGUAAACGACACAAAUAUAAUAAACUGUUGGUUCGUAUUGUACAAAAUUCUUCUUAUAACGGGGAUAUGGACUUUUUCAUCAAAGACAUUGAUAGCCUAGAAUGUAGGUAUUGUACUGCGCUAGUAAUUAACAGCAAUGAAGACAACCUGGUUGUCAAUCAUCUUCAAAGUAUUGCACAUAGAUAUAAGAAACAGCAAUAUCUCAAGAGAAGUAGCUGUAGUAGCGUGGUAGAUCUUUCAGUUCAAUGUGACAUGACACUUAGGCCUUUGGACAGCUUGUUGACCUAUAAUAAGAAGUAUGCGAACCAAAUGCAUAAUUUAAGUAAAAAUUUGCCAAAGCCAAAAGUAGCAAGUGUUGUUGUUAAAGUUAAUAUGACAAAAUCUUCUGCAUUUUGUGGUAUUAAAGAUACAGAGCGCAGAAAAAAAAUACCAAAAUGUAUUACUGUUGAUGAGAAUGAUAUUUGUAUGUGCACAGUUUGUACCAAAUUUAUUCCAAACACUACUGUGAAUAUAAAUCAACACGUUGACGGUAAGGCACAUAAAAUUCAGUUGCAAAAGUUGCAGGAGACUGCAGGCGAAGAUAUAGAAGAUAAUGAGAGCUACUGGUGCAAAGAUUGUUGUAAAAAAGUCCCAAAUAAUAAACACAAUAUAGAGAUACAUAACACUGGUAGAAAACAUCUGAGCAAAAUUAAAGCACCCUCAGUAUCUACAGAAAACAUAGAGCAUAAAGGCAAAAACAAAGUAAAAGAUCCCAUAACAAUAAUGCAUGAUCUGUGCUUGCGGGUCCAACAGCUUGGACAGUACUAAACUAAUAAAUCAGAAAUUGCGUCCGGUAGGAGUGAAGAAAAUGGAAAGAAACUUUCUAUGAUUUAUAAAUUGGCUGCAAAUUUUGAAAAAGGACCGGAGGUACAUUCACACAAAAUAGACUAUUUCAUACAGGUUAGUGGUACUUGGGCACGUAAAAUUGUCGUGUAACCCUACCAAUCUUAUCUCAUAAUAAUAUGCACGAUCACAUUAAAACUGAAAAGCACAACCAUAACGUGUGAAACGAUCAACGAUUAUUGAGGUAUGAAAAUGCAGAAGAACUAUCUGUUAGCAAAAUUUGUGGCAAAUUAUUUCUCAAAGGCAACAAGUCUGCACAUAUCAAUAACAGAAAACAUCUAGGGGGGGUUUCAAAGAUUCCUUUGCCCAGUAAUAAUAUGGGUAGUGAUAAAAUAAAUGUGGGUGAAGUGCCAUACUUUGCAUUUCCACCACAUAUUAUCAUUAUUGGGAGUUAAGCAUGUAAUAUUUGCCACUUGCUUUUCACAGAUAUACAUUUCAUAGAUGAUCAUGUAACUAGCUUAAGGCACCACGAAAAUCUCUUGAAAUGGACUCAGUUAAUACCUGGAUAUGAGAAUCCAGAAACGCUAUGGGGCUGCAAAACAUGUAACAAAUCAAGAUGAACACAUCAACACCCAAAUAUCAGAGAAAGACAGUAGAGUUAAUUUUCACAGUUCUUAAGCCCUCAGGUACAUUAAAUGUGAUUGAUUCUGUGACAAGACAAUUAGUUUAGAUGCAUAGUAAUAUAGUUUUAAACUGUUAUUGACAGUAUCGACCUCCUUUGAGUGCAGAGGCAAACACUUGGAGUGGUUUAUCUGCCAGUCUCAGUAUUUUAUAUCAGCGGUCCUUACUAUUUUCUCAAGUCUCAUAUUAAUAUCCAGCAAAAUGAGCUUUACCAUUUGAUGUAGUUUUUUAAGCAUGUUACAUUUUUUCUUUAACAACACAGCAUUCUUUUUUAUAUUUAGGCCCAGCACUGUAUCGAUUAAAGUGAUUAGUAUUCUGCACGUGGAAGAUGAUAAAAAUAUGAGUGUUGUAUAUACGAUUAUAAACAGUACAUUUGUAGACAAGAACUUGGGUCACAACUUAAGUAUUGUUUUCAGACACCUAUGAAUUAUAGUAUAGUAUUCUGUAGUACCUAAGCAACACCAAUAGUAAGACAUAUUCGAAAAGUCACUUGAAUAUAUUUUUGGAACAAUGGUAUUUUGUCUUACGAUUGACAUGUGUGUUGUCUGCAAACUGUCAAAGAAGUUGGUACUGUACAGAAGAGAAUUUGAUUAUAUGUUGAUUUCGGUUAUUACAUAUUUAAAAAUGACUAUGUUGCUUUUAUCCAAAAUUACUUUAGUAAUCGAGAGUUUAACAUGUCUCGACCACCUUCAUCGAUUUAGCAACUAGUAUAGAGUCUAAUCUGAAUUUGUUAUCAUAAUGGGAUAUAAAUUAGUAAUGGAUAGUUUAUUAAAUAUAAUGAAUGUGUGUUUAUUUACUGAUAUUCGAUCACAAGUUUAGGGUAAGUUUGAACAAUAUUAUUUUUUAAACGCAUAAACUAAACAGUCACGUAAAUAAAAGUGAAAAGAAAUUUUUUCAAAGUACAUGUAUAGUAGCGAGUAGUACCAACGAAAAUAUACCUUUUUCAAAGAAC